CCAACCAAAAGGCACAUUCACUAAUAACUUGCGAAGAUGAAGGUAUUAGUUCUCUUUUCUUUAGUUGCACUCAGCGUUGCUCUACCAACACUCCUUGGUAGAACCGUAAGAGUCACAGAAGAUGGAACUGUAUCUCUCUUCGACUCUAGAGGAUACCAACUCGUAAUCCUCAAGAGUGUUACCGAUCCCAGACAAGUCGAGGUUGUUCUCAGAAGUCCAAACACAAGAACCCAUAUGUUCCAAGUUGGGGAACCACUGAGAACUGGAGAAGCUAUCGACCGUCGUACCCUCGCUGGUGUUUCAGUUUACCAAAACUACAACCAAGCUGAUAUUCUUACUGAUAUUUUUCGUCAGUAUGAAGGUACUCUUGACGACACCAAAUACUAUAGCCUUCUUAACAGGAUUCAAAUGUUAGUUGAAGCUGGAGUCGUCAACGAAACCAUCUACGAUGUUAUUAGAAACUGGGAUCGUGAAUACCGUAUGCAAGGAAUUAGUGACAUUGUCCCCGUCCAAGGAGUACGUACCCUCCGCCAAUAUGCUGGACAAGUAGGAAAUGUUAUGCCUCUUGGACAAAAUUUGGAAUAUGGAAACCAUAGAACCUGGGCUCUUGACCAAGGUUUGUUGCAAACUUAUUCUCCACUCAGACAUUUCCAAACUCUUCUCGGACAAAUCCAACAACAACGUCAACUUCAACAAGGUUUAUUGAGCCAACAACAAUAUUUGCCCCAACAAUAUCUAUCUGGAGAAUCCCUUCUUGAAGAUCAAAUGAACACUAACCAAAUCUUGAGCCAAAUCUACAGACAACAACUUGGACAAUCUCCAUUGAACCGUUAUUUGGUAAACAUGAGACUUGUAAACGGAGAGCAAGUAUACGAAGUUCCUGAAGAAUUCGUUAACGUUCAACUUCUCGAAAAACUCUUCGCCAAACAAGAAUUGAUCAACCAAGAAUUGACUGAAAUCACCGAAAGAAGACAACCAGUCACUGAAGAUGUUCACUAUCAGCAACAAAUGAUUAACGAACAGAUCGAAAAACUGAUUGAACAAUUAGCUUACCAUCAAAACCUCAUUACACGUGAAGUUGAACAAUACAUUGUUAAAGGACAAGUAGUUCCCCAACAGCUCGUUUACCAACAGAGAUUGGUUUACCAACAAGUUCAUGAAGUAAUUGAACGUUUGACCUACCAACAAAUCUUCUUGAAUCGCCUAGCCGAAAGCACUGAAGCAACUGAAGUCGAUACUAUUUCCAUUCAAAGAUGGGUUGUACAACAAAAUAUUAUUAACGAGCAGAUCCAGCAAUUGAUCCAACAAGUUUUGUACCAACAAACUCACGUAAGGCAACAAAUCCAAGUAUUAAUUCAACAAGGACAUGUUAUCCCACAGGAACUUGUCCUCUACCAAAGAAUUACCUACCAACAUGUUGAAAGGUUUCUUCAAGUUUUGAUUAAACAAUUCGUAUAUCAACAAACCUACUACAAACAGUUGAUCCAGGUCUUGGCACAACAAAAACACACCAUUCCCCAAGAAUUGGUUUCCCAAUACUUUGCUAUUUACACCCAAAUACUUCAAUUGAUCCAACACGGAGAUGCUGUACCCCAAGAAUUGAUCUACCAACAAAGACAAAUCCACCAACAGAUCGUACUCAUGCUCCAACAAUUGAAAGUUGUUCCCCAACAAUUACUCAACCAACUCAUGUCUAACACACAAGGCCGUAUGUGGCAAACUCAAGGAACCUACCAAAGAGUACCAAUCAUGGUGCAAGGAACCUACCAAAGAGUACCACUCAUGAUGUAAAGACUGGUUUAUAUUUAAUAUGUUGUUUAAAAUAUUUAUUGUUAUGAUUGCUACAAAUAAAUAAAUAUUUUUUGUAUAUUAA